AUGGUAGAAAAAGUGUGGGAUAAUUUACUCCAAUGUAUACUUUUACAGGUUUUGUUACUGUUUCCAUUAAUAUCUGCUCAAGUUCCCUUAAUAUUUAAUGGUUGCCGACUCAGUUCAGAAUGUCCACUGCAUUCAACUUGCAUGGCCAGAUCAUGUGAUGGCUACAUUUGCAUAUGUGACUCUGGCUUCAGACAUUCUUUUGACAGGACAAGAUGUGUUCCAGCUUCCAACAUCCUUGAGAAAUGUGACUUUUCUGACAAUUGCCCCCCAACGGUCUCUGUUUGUUUGUUUCGCCAAUGUGUUUGCCGUGAAGGACUGGAAGCCACAGAGAACAAAACAUGUCGGGGAAGAGCAGAGAGAGCACUUGGAUACGGGUGUAAUAUCGAGAAUGGCUGUACCUACCCAAAUCUUCAAUGUGUGAAUGGCUUUUGUCAGUGCAGAGCAGGCCAUAGAAAGAAAACUGACAUUGAAAUACAGGCUUUGCCUUAUGAUAUGUUUGAGUGUAUUACAACAAACUACAAUCUGAAUGAAUGUAACCAAAUUCCUUUACCAGCCAUUCCUGGGUUGACCUCAACAGUUUCUCCUGUUUCUAAUUCAACAGUAAAAAAUAAUUCAGUUUCUCGUGGUGCCCCUGUCCCACGGUCACCUAAUCGGAGAACUAUUCCAAAUAACACUUUUAUAACUCGUUUGUAUGGAAACUGUUCUACACAUAAAGAAUGUACUGAAUUUGCAGAAUGUAGGCCGUUAGCAUGUGAAGGCUAUGUAUGUAUAUGUGUUGAAGAUUUUGUGCCAGCCAGAAAUUCUACAGUUUGUAUUAAAAAAUCAAGACUUUCUGAAAUAUGUGAAGUUGAUGAGCAAUGUCCAGGAGAAUUUUCCUUUUGCACAAAUGGUCUCUGCACAUGUGCAGGAGGUCUGGAAACGGUUGAUAAUAUCCACUGUAGUGUUCCAGGAACAUCACUGUAUGGUUACCAAUGCAACAGUACAAUAGCCUGUGCCAUUCCAGAUACAAGUUGCAGGAAUGGGGUUUGUUCCUGCAUCUCAGGUUUACGCCCCAAAACAGUCGAAGAAUUUGCUGCAUACCCAAAUGAAAUUUGGAGCUGCAUUGAAGAAGGGUUUUCUUUGAAUGAAUGUAAUCAUGUGGUGAUUCCAAUACCAAGACAAUUAAAUGGUUCACAACAUCAGACUUUUGGCAAUACAAGUCUUGAAGACAGAUGUUACAGCAAUGACGAUUGUCCUUUCUAUGCUGACUGUCAACCUCGAAGUUGUGAUCUUUACAUUUGUAUCUGUUCAGAAGGAUAUAGACAAUCGCCUGAUAGAUCAAGAUGUGUAAAACUGUCCAAGCUUGGAGAGUCAUGUAAUACUGACCUAAACUGUCCUAAUGAAUUUGCGGAGUGUACUUCUGGGCAGUGUGUGUGCAAAGAGAACUUUUCACCAGUCUCAGACAUGUAUUGCAAGUAUGCUGGAACUGUUGUUUAUGGAGAUGCUUGCAAUGCCACUAAUCCUUGUACUUACCCAGAUACUGAAUGUAAUAAUGGUUCAUGUCAGUGCCAAGAAAACUUCCGAGAGAAAACUACCCAAGAAAGUCGUUCUUUUCCUGAGUUGAUGUUCAGUUGCAUCAAGAAGAAUUUUUCAUUAAGUAUGUGCCAAGGAAUUCCAGUCACAAACUUGUCUCAGUCACAAAUGGAAGAAACUAGUGGUGUGGUGCUCAGCAGAUUCAAACGUGAUGUCACUACCAUCCAACAGAAAGUUAAAAUUUAUGAAAACUGCAGUGAAGAUACAGACUGCCCUGAAGAUGCAUCAUGUGUUGCACACAAAUGCAAUGAUUACAGAUGUGUGUGUAGUGCAGAUUACCAACCAUCAUCUGAUAAGAAUACUUGCAUACGAGUGGCCCAAAUUGGUCAGCCAUGUAAUAGGACUGUGAAGUGUGAUCCAUCUACAGCUGAAUGUAGGCCAAGUGGAGAAUGUGGCUGCAAAUUUCCUCUAUUGCUUCAGAAUAACUACUGCGUUCUUCCAAAUAAGUUACUCUUAGGAGAAAACUGCACAUACUCUGACCAAUGUGAUGUAAGUCACAGACUUUAUUGCUUUGAGAGUUCCUGCCAGUGCCUACCUGGAUUAAUCUCAGCAUCUGAGUUAGAGAAAGAUUUUGUCUUCAGCCAUAUGUGCCUUCCACAAAAUAAUUCUUUUGACCCAUGCAACAAUGCUUCCUCAACAGAAGAACUGUUUGAGCCAACAAGAAUUACAUAUUCAAAGUCAAAUUAUAGUGAAUUAACAGGCUGGCGUAAUGCCUCAAAGUCAAAUUAUACUGAAUUCUCACAUUCGGUUAAUGCCUCAAAAUUAAACAAUAACAAUGAUAACGAUGAUGAUGAUGAUGAUAACACUAAUGAUGAUGAUAAUGGUGACGACGACGACAACGAUGAUGAUGAUAAUAAUAAUAAUAAUGAUAAUAAUAAUGAUAAUAAUAAUAAUAAUAAUAAUAAUAAUAAUAAUAAUAAUAAUAAUAAUAAUAAUAAUAGCGUUAAUAACAACACUAAUAAAGAAUCUUCAACACAAAUUAAAAGUUUACUGGUACAUGAUGAAAAUAUCACUAUGGAAAUAGCAGAGAUACAAGUAUCAACUCAAAAUAUUGGAUCAAACUGCACAACAGACAUUCAGUGUCCCAGCAACAGUGUUUGUACUCAGAAUUCUUGUGGCAUAUACUUGUGUACAUGUCGUAAAGAUUUCUUUGAGAUAGAAGGGUUUUGUAGAAAAGUUGCUGGCAUUGGAAGUGAGUGCAAUAGCACAACAGUUUGUUAUCCUUCCUCAACAGAAUGUAAACCCAGACAGCGCUGUGGCUGCAAGUUCCCAUUUGUGCUGAAAAAUGGCUUUUGUGUGUUACCUGGAAAAUCAAUUGUAAAUGAACAGUGCACCACUACUGCUGAUUGUGCAGCUGAACAGCAUCUGAAGUGUAAGGAUGGCAUAUGUCAGUGCAUGCCAGGAUUUGUUUUGGCUUCUGUUAAGGAUUUCUACCAGUUACCAGGAGAGAUGUGCAUUCCAGUCAACUCACUUGCUGAAACCUGUAAUGGCUCUAACUCAGAUUCAUCUACUCAAAGCAAUACAAACCUGUUGGCUUCCUCAAGUGUUGGAUUUAUAGGUCACUGCAAUGAUGGUUCUUCAGGAGAAUCAUGUAUCAACAGAGCUGUUGAUGAUCUCACAGAAGGGAAUAAAUUACUUGAUCGUGUACUUGCACCAAUUGCUGCUGCAGUUUUAAUUCUGCUUCUUUUCAUUGCAAUAAUGGUUUAUUCCAGAAAAAAAUGCAAUUCUCGCUCGAGCAUCGAGAGACGAAAUCCUUCACGAUUAUGAAAUGAAAUCUUUACUACAUCGAUGAGGAGGAUAAAAUGUAAUAAAAAAGAGAGACAGAGAGAGAAACAAACUUCAGCAUGUUUGACUUGAAUUAUAUAGCAGGACUGAAGGCAUGGUACAGAAUGAUUAGAAGAUGGGUUAUAAUAGCAGCUAAUUACCAAUGUCAUCCUUGCCUCAUUAACAAGAUUGAUUUGAGCUGGAUUCUGUUAUGGACAUAACUGUUGAGAGAUUAACUGUUUCAGUGGAAAUUGUUAUUUCACCAGUUGCUGUAUCUAACCAUACUGUUUCUUCCCCAUUAUAAUUCGUUUGUAUUAUACCGACAGCAUCAUAUGUGUUAACAUUAGACUAACACUCCCCAACGAACACUCUUAUAGCUUCUUUUGAAACUGCUGCUACCAUUCAAACAAAACAAUAAAUAAAGCUUCAUUGGAAAAAAAAAAAGAUCAAUUGUUUUUAUUUUGUGGCAAAAAAUAAUUGAUUUGCAAAGAUUUUCAUAUUUGUAAUAAUAUAAAAAUACUUUUAAAUAAUUUUUAAAUAAUUUUGAACAAAAAUAACAAUGCAUUCUUUUUCUUUUCGUUCAUUUGAUUGCU